CGUCCGGCCCACGCUUCCCGCCUUUCCGCUAACUCCAGAGACACCCGCUCGUCAGCCACCGGAGUUCGGACGGUCGCAGUCUUCUCAGAGUCGUACGGCCGACCCCGGGGCCGCGCGGGUGUCGGGCGGAACAUGGCGAACUCGGGCUGUGAGGACCUCCGAGGCCAGGAGGAGGAGAGUUUUCUGUACUUCGCCUACGGUAGCAAUCUGCUGACGGAGCGGAUCCACCUCCGAAACCCGUCGGCCGCGUUCUGCUGCGUGGCCCGCCUGCAGGAUUAUAAGCUUGAUUUUGGCAAUUCCCAAGGCAAAACAAGUGAAACUUGGCAUGGAGGUAUAGCCACCAUUUUUCAAAGUCCUGGCGAUGAAGUAUGGGGAGUAGUAUGGAAAAUGAACAAAAGCAAUUUGAGUUCUCUGGAUAAGCAAGAAGGGGUUAAAAGUGGAACAUAUGUCCCAAUAGAAGUUAAUGUUUAUACUCAAGAAGGAAAAGAAAUAACCUGUCGAAGUUAUCAGAUGAAAAACUAUGAGAGUGCUCCCCCAUCGCCCCAGUAUAAAAAGGUCAUUUGCCUGGGUGCAAAAGAAAAUGGUUUGCCACUGGAGUAUCAGAAGAAGUUAAAUGCAAUAGAACCAAAUGACUACAAAGGAGAAGUCUCAGAAGAAAUUGAAAACAUUAUCAAAAAGGGAGAAACAAAAGCUCAUUAGGACAUAUUUUAGAUAGAAAUCUAAAUUAUAAUAGAAAAUACAGAUACUCUCUGUAUGUGCUAAUAUAUUUUCAACAUUUAGAAAAGAGAUCUGAGGUAUCUCUAUGUUUAAUAUAUUUUCAACAGUGCUCUGAAGGGAUAUCUUACUUAGGUGUCUCCUUGUUUUCAGACUAAAAAGAAACUAGAUUAGAAAUUGGGUAAUUGAAGGGUGCCUAGGUGGCUCAGUUAAGCUUCUGUCUUCUGCUCAGGUCAUGAUCCUAGGGUCCUGGGAUGGAGCCCCACAUUGGGCUCCUUGCUCAACGGAAAGCCUCCUUCUCCCUCUGCCUGCUGCUCUGACUACUUGUGCGCGCUCUCUCUCUCUCUCUCUCUCUCUC